UCUGGAAGGAUCCCGGGAGCGGGGCCCGACUGGGCGCAGGCGAGAUGUCGGGACUGCUUCACACCACGCUGAGCGGUCUCAACAGCGACUCCUACUGCGAGAUCAGCCAGUACCGCGACCAGCACUUCCGGGGUAGUAGGCAGCUCCAGGAGAAGUCCCUGAAAGUUUCUUCUACGCUUUACGUUGGCAACCUGUCCUUUUACACCACCGAGGAGCAGAUCCAGGAGCUCUUCUCCAAAUGUGGAGACGUCAAGAGGAUUGUCAUGGGGCUGGACAAGAUCAAGAAAACCCCCUGUGGCUUUUGCUUUGUCGAGUACUACACACGGGCGGACGCUGAGCACGCAAUGCGCUUCAUCAACGGCACGCGCCUGGAUGACCGCAUCAUCCGCACCGACUGGGACGCAGGCUUCAAGGAGGGCAGACAGUAUGGCAGAGGCAAGACUGGAGGACAGGUGCGAGAUGAGUACCGGACAGACUACGAUGUGGGCAGAGGAGGCUUUGGCAAGAUCAUUCAGAUGCAGAAGGCAAAUCAUCAACCUGCCAUCUAUUAAUUGCCUCAUAGGUCCUAGCUCAUAGAGGGCUCUGUCCUUCCAGAGCUAACCCUUCUCUACCAUUUUGGAGUGGAGUAGGGAGUGAGAGCUAUGUUCCAGCAGAAGGUGACCCUCCUCAGACUAUGGAUAUAUACAGUGUGUGUUCAUCCCUGCUUCCUUCUGGGCUACAGAGGGUGCUCUGUGCUGAUAGAGGGCAACAAGGGAAAACAUGGGACGGCUCUGCAGGAUUCUGUGCAAGGAGAAAUGCAGCAUGUCACACACACCUUGUGCUAGGACAUACUUUUCACGCUGCAUCCAAAGCAGGUGGCUUCCUCCAUGUUGCAGCCAUGGUUGCUCUCAAAUGGAACUUCUUGAAAGCUCACCACCAUCAGAGCCCUCCAGAGCCUGGGUACCUUGGGGGAUACACAAGAGAUUCUCCAUCCUCUUCUGCUUCCAAAGCAGUAUCGCUGGUUGGAUGAGAGAAGUGAAACAAGGUCUUAGCAUCCACGUGGAGGUGCCCAUGUCUAGCCCUUGGUGGUUGGGGCCUGCAUUUCUCUUUAUGAUGCCCCAAAUGCUGCCUGGCUUUUCAGAUCCUCGCUGUUUGGCAUGACUUUGUUAAAAGGUUCUUUCAGGUUUUUUUAAUAAACAAUUCUAUUGGCUCUG